AUGGGCAAGACGAUCUACCUCACGGACGACCCGGCAGUGGCGGCGGUGUGCUUGGCCGAGUCGGCGUACAUGACCAAGAAGAUCAACUCGGACCACCCGCUCUGGGGCGUCAAGGACAACACGGCCAUCUUCCUCGGCGACACGGAGACGGAGAACUGGCGGCUGGCGCACAAGUACCUGCCGCCGUCGAUGGGGCCGAAAGCCGUGCGGCACUACACGGGGCUGAUGCAAGCGUGCGCGCGCAAGUCCCUGCCCGUCUUCGACGAGCUGGACGCCCGCGACGAGGCCUGGAACGUCUAUCAGUACAUGCUCAAGCUGGCGUCGCAGACCGUCGGUAGCUUCUCGCUUAGCAAAGACUUCGGCCACUUCGACUCCAUCGACAGCCCGCUGCACCCCAUCGUCACCAACAUCGCCAGCCUGCUCUCGCUCAACAAGAAGAUCACCGCCCGCGGCGAGUGGUACCGCCAUCUGCCGUUCGGCGACCCCGCCCGCCUCCGCCACGUCCAGCACACCAUCUACUCGCUGCUGCAGGAGCAGAUCGACGCCGUCGCCGCCGAGUCGCGCAGCGCCGAUGCCCCCAUGGCCGACGCCGCGCUGUCCGCCACCUGCGCCGUCGACUACCUCCUGCACGCCGUCGACGACAAGGGCGAGCGCUUCCCGCCGGGGCUCAUCCUCGCCAAUGUGCUGGUCGUCACCGGCGCCGGCUUCACCACGACCUCCGCCCUGCUGUCGUGGCUGAUCUACUGCCUCGUCACGUACGAGGGCACCCAAGACCGGCUGUACCAGGAGCUGGUAGAGUACGGCAUUGUCGGCCCCAACGGCGAGCGCAACCAGACCACCUGGACCCCCGAUCUGGCCCACAGCCUGCCGUACAUGGACAAGUUCGUCAAGGAGACGCAGCGCCUGCACAACGCCUCCUUCCAGCCCGGCCGCACCUCCAAGACCGAUGUCGUCCUCCCCGGCGGCUACCGCCUGCCGCCCGACAGUGUCAUCGUCCCCGCGCUGUACGCCAUCCACACCAACCCAAAGAUCUGGCGCGAUCCGUUCCGCUUCGACCCGGACCGCUGGGACACGGACGAGGUAAAAAACCGCCACCGCUGCGCGUACGUGCCGUUCGCGACGGGCCCGCGCGGCUGCAUCGGCUUCAACUUCGCCCUGCUGGAGGUCAAGAUCCUGCUGGGCGAGCUGCUGAGUCGGUACGAGUUCGUGCGCGAGGGCCAGGAGGCCAUCGAUUACGACCCUGAGUUCCAGCUCAUCCGGCCGUUGAACUUUUACCGCCCGGGAAUACGGCCCGAAGUAGCGCACGUUGGUGUCAGCAUCGCGCCACUCGGAGUCUUUCUCCUCCUUCUCGAGUACAGCGGUCAACCGCUGCACGAGGAGGUCUGGCUUUUGCCGGUCAUCGACAGGCAUGUCGCUGAGACUCUUGAGCGUGAUGGCGCAGCUCACGGCGUUGUGCACAAACGCCCACAUGCGGCACACGCUGGCAGAGAAGCGGUGCAGAUCGAGGAAGCUCUCGACGGCCUGCAUCGCGCGCUGCACGCAGUCUACCGCUGCAGCCGUGGUCGUUUGAUCGGCUGCGUCUGCGUCCACGCCAUCCAGGUAUACACGGUUGAGCCGACAGGCCACAUAGCCGAAGUGGACGCCCAGAGCCAGCCGCUCCAGAUGGUUCUGCACCGAGAUGCAGCGGCGCUUGUCGGUAAGGAAGGGCGCGGCGGCGUCGCGGAUGCCGUCCAGCUGGCGCUUGGACUCGCACAUGCUCUCGAAAGGAUCCUGCAUGUUACCGGCUGUUUCCUGACGGGCUUUAUCCUGGAUCAAAUGGCUGAUGGUGAAGACGCAUUCUUCGUACGUGAGGCCGUCGGGGUUGCGGUGGUACGGGACCGGACAGGUCAUGGUGAUGGUGCUGAGAGGGCGGUCGUAUAUGAAGGAUAA